AUGUACGCAACUUUGCCAAACAUUGCCAUUUAUGGGACAUCUUGUGCUGCAUGGGAUCAGAUUCCAGGCACUCCUUGGGCGAAGCAGUGCAUGGUUGGCUCCAACUGGACAGAUUCUGAGUUCAACUGGUGCCAGAUCCCCUGGUGCUAUGUCGACGCAAGUUGUGCAUCGAGGAGACAUAGCCUAGUCUUCAAUGGUUCCAGUACCAUCUUUUUCAGCUAUGAUUCCUGUGGCAAUGCACCAGAUUGUUACAACCAGUACGACACUGACCCCAGAUGUCCGUACGAUCCUUACGACAGUCAGCACUUCGUGUUGCACAAGGGGAGGGGCUGUGAGUGCCUAUUCCACGGCAGGGAGUUACCACCCACUUUGUUUCAGGACUUCCCCAUGCUGGACCCGGGAAAAUUCGCCAGCCUGCCGCAUGUGAGCGUUUAUGGGACUUCUUGUGCGGCCUGGGAUCAAAUCCCUGGAACACCAUGGGCGCAGUAUUGCCCUUCAGAUGCUGACUGGUGCCAUUCGCAGAACAAUUGGUGCCAGCUGCCGUGGUGUUACGUGGCAGAGGAGUGCCCGACGCGCAUGGACGGUAAAGUUUUCGAAGGAGCUAUGACGUAUUUCAGCUAUGAUACAUGUCUGUCAACGCCACAGUGCUAUCAAGAUCCAUUUGAUGAGGCCUGUCCUUUUGACAUGACAGAUUCUGGCUGGUCUACUCCGGCAUCAUGCUCCAUGGGAUGGUCCGAUGUUUGUUCCUGUGCCUAUCAAGGCUCAACCUUGCCAGAAGGGCUCUACCUGAACUAUCCUCGGCAGGAUCAGAUUGGUCCAGUGCUGCUUACCAUUGGUGUACCCUCCCUUGGUGUUAUGUCGAAAGCCUAUGCCCAUCUC